AUCCCGCUGGGUGGCGGGGCGAUGCUGCCGUGGAGGAGAGGCAAGGCAGAGUUGCUGCAGCGGCUGCGGGCCAAGCGGCGGGGUUACCCGGGGAGUGAGUGCGGCGGCCGGGGUGAGGGCGGGGGUCUGGCGGCGCUGGACAGCGCGGUGGGGCGGGUGUGCGGGGCUCUACGCUGGCGGCGGGGCAAGGCGAGCAUCACCGCGGACGCUCCCAGCCACUCGGUGCUGUACCUGGGCCACGCCGCCACCCUGCAGUCCCGGGGCGAGGGCUGUGCGGACGCGGCCGUGGCUCGGAUCUGGAGCCGCAGCGAGCAGGGCCGGAGCGGCAGCCGCAUGAGGAUGAGCAUCAGUGGGCAGGGGCUGCGCCUUGUGGCCGAGGCCCGUGGACAGGUGCGCCGGCCCGGCCACCUCUACCUGCUACACCGACUCACCUACUGCGCCGCCGGCCCGCGCUGUCCCCGGCUCUUCUGCUGGAUUUACCGGCAUGAGGUGAAGCACAAGGCGGUGGCUCUCCGCUGCCACGCCGCCCUGAUGUCCCGGGCAGAUGCUGCCAGGGCCAUGGCUCUGCUCCUGUACCAGACCUCCACCACUGCCCUGGCCGACUUCCAGCGGCUCAAACGCCGCGACGAUGCCAGGCGGCAGCGGCACCAACCCGCCCCCCCGGCGCCGCUGCGGCAGCUCCUCAACCGGCAGUGUAGCUACCGACCGCCCGCCGAGCGGAGCCGCAGCGCUCCCCGGCUCCGGGCCAUCAGUGAGGACGCGGCCGGGGAGGAGAGGGAGCGGGGGGCCGGGGAGGGUGACGGGGACAGCGGGCUGGAGCCGCUCAUGGCCGGGCUCAGCAUCGGACACCACUCGCCGAGGCUGCGGGGAGUCGCCCGGCCACCGGCCACCGGGGGGGAGGUCGGGCAACGGGACGCGGGGUAACGGAGCCCCGGGGAUGGAUACAGCGCCGGCGGGCACCGGGGUACAGGUGGCCACAACAUGCCCCCUCCCCUCCCUCCCUCAUCGCCUGCGGUCGUGACCCGUCUCACUCUGAACUUCUCAUGGAAGCGGCGGCCCGCACUGUGUGUGCGUCAGUGUAAGUGUGUGUGUGUGGGGAGGGGGGUGUCAGUGGGUGUGUGUCAGUGGAUGUGUGUGCCCCGCUGACACCGUUCCCUGCCCCCCCGCCCCUGCAUGUCUACAGGACAGGGUCGAGGAUUUGCAUCAAACGCGGGCAGGUGGGACUACUGGAGUUGGGGCAGACAAAAGUGCUGGAGAAACUCAGCCGGUGAUGCUGGUCAGCAUGGUCGAGUUGGGCCGAAGGGCCUGUCUCCGUGCAGUGUGACUCGAGACUCGAAUUAUUGGUCUCAUUUGGAGACACAAGGAACGGCAGAUGGAGGAAACUUGAAUAAAACACAAAGUGCUGGAGGAACUCAGCUGAUCGGGCAGCACUGUGGGGGAAAUGGACAGACGACGUCUCAUGUCGAGACCCUUCUUCAGACUCUGAUACAGCGUGGACAAAGGCCCUUGGGCCCACCCACCGAGUCGGCGCCGACCAGCGACCACCUUGUUACACGCCGGGGCACAACUAAAAGACAAUUAACCGACAAACCCUCGCGUCUAUGGAGAGUGGACGGAUCCCGCCCGCCGGUCACGGGGAGAACGGACAAACUCGGCACAGACAGCACCCGAGCUCAGGAUCGAACCAAUUACACUCCAGACUGUGGUGGACCAUUUGUUAUUGCCACUUGAAAUUGCUUAAUGUUUGAGAAAUACUUAGAGCUGUAUGGCACAGAAACAGGCCCUUCGGCCCAACUUGUCCUUGCCAACCAAGUCAGCACACUGGGCUAGCAUUUGGACCAUGUCUCGCCAAAGCUUCAUAUCCAUAUACUAAUCCAAAAAUAAUGUGAAAGUAGUAACUGUAUCCGCUUCUACAGCUUCCCCUGGCAGCUCGUUCAGAUAUAGACUACCCUCUGUGUGGAAAAGUUGCCCCUGAGGUCCGUCUUAAAUCUCUCACCUUAACCCUGUGCACUCUAGUUUUAGAAUCCUCUGCCCUGGGUUAAAGACAGUGAGCGAUCACUUUAUUCGUGCCCCUCAUGAUCUUGUACACCUCCACCCCUCAGCCUCCUACACUCAAGAAAAAAGUCACAGCCUACCCAACCUCUCCCUGUAACUCAAGCCCACAAGCGCAGGUUACACCCAAG